GCGGCGGGGUGGGAGGCGGGGGGGAGGAGCUGGAGGGGGGUGGUUAAGGCGCGGGGGGCCGUUGGCUCCAGACAAAUAAACAUGGAGUCCAUCUUCCACGAGAAACAAGAAGGCUCACUUUGUGCUCAGCAUUGCUUGAAUAACCUAUUGCAAGGAGAGUAUUUUAGCCCUGUGGAACUAUCUUCAAUUGCACAGCAGCUCGACGAAGAAGAGAGAAUGAGAAUGGCAGAAGGAGGGCUGACGAGUGAGGACUACCGCACAUUUUUACAGCAGCCGUCGGGGAAUAUGGAUGACAGUGGGUUUUUCUCUAUUCAAGUAAUAAGCAAUGCCUUGAAGGUUUGGGGUUUAGAACUAAUCCUGUUCAACAGUCCAGAGUACCAGAGGCUCAGGAUUGAUCCCAUAAAUGAAAAGUCAUUUAUAUGCAAUUAUAAAGAACACUGGUUUACAGUUAGGAAGUUAGGAAAACAGUGGUUCAACUUGAAUUCUCUCUUGACGGGUCCAGAACUAAUAUCAGAUACAUACCUUGCACUUUUCUUGGCUCAGUUACAACAGGAAGGCUACUCCAUAUUUGUUGUGAAGGGUGUCCUGCCGGACUGUGAAGCCGACCAGCUCCUGCAGAUGGUCAGGGUCCAGCAGAUGCAGCGGCCGAAGCUGAUUGGGGAAGAGUUAGCACAGCUGAAGGAGCAGAGAAUCCAGAAGACGGAACUGGAGCAAGUCUCAGAAUCCAACGAUGGGUCGACGGUGGUCGAUGAAGAGGAGGAAGACCUGCAGAAGGCGCUCGCGCUCAGCCGCCAGGAAAUCGACCUGGAAGACGAAGAGGCAGAUCUCCGCAGGGCCAUUCAGCUCAGCAUGCAAGGUAGUUCUAGAAGUAUAUCUCAGGAUACCCCGCACUCAUCAGGCACACACCUGACUUCAGAGGAGCUCCGGAAAAGAAGAGAAGCCUACUUUGAAAAGCAGCAGCAGCGAGAUCCACCCAGACAACGGACGCACCCGUGUGAAAGGCUGACCACGAGUCCCGGGGCCCUCGGCAGUGACCUAGUCGAUUCUAUGAGCGAAGAAGACAUGCUUCAAGCAGCCGUGACCAUGUCUUUAGAAACUGUUCAAAAUAAUCUCAAAACAGAAGGAAAAUAAUAAUACCUUUUAAAAAUUAUUUAGAUAUUCAUACUUUCCAACAUUAUCCCGCGGGACAAUAGCAUAGGGCCCAUUUUGACGGUGUGUCAAAGAAAACAAUGUUCAACAGAGGAAGUAAGACUGUGGUGGGUUUGCAAACAAAUUUGACAGCAGUGGACAAAUACAUCAGUUGUAGGACUCUCGAAUGAUCCUCCAGAUAGUAGCCAAAGAGGCAUUCAGCGAUUAAAGACAUUGAAAAUUGUUUUCUAAAUGUUCUUUUUUUUUUUUUUUUUUUUUUUUGAGUGUGCAAUAUCUAAUAUGUCUAAAGUUAGGACAUUUUUCUCGGAUCUGUUUUUGCAGACCAGCUCACAGUCCUUGCCACAGAGCUGCCCAUAUGUUCCAUUGUGUUUUUACUUCCUCCCUCCUGUAUAGGUAAUUUGGUUCAUUUUCGUCUCCAGUGGUUGCUUUCCUUUCUCUGAAGCCAAAGGAACCUUUUAGGUCAAUAAGGUUGAUCGUAGCCACGGCCCAUAAAACUCGCGCUCCCAAGCUGUGAGCACUUGGGUAUUUCCUCGGGUUUUUUCCUCUUUUGUCCCUCUGAUCACGGUUUCUCUGUUGUUUACUGUUCUUUUUUCUACAACUUUCUGACCUUAGUAAUUCGACUUGGGGUUUUGCUUUUUUUUUUUAAAGCCCUCUGAGAUGGGAUCAAUAUUUUGUGGUUCUGGUCCAUUCCUCAGCUGAAAUCAACGCUGCACACGUGUCUGAGAACCAACCACCAUGUUUAACACGGCAGUGUGUCCUUUUCCAGAUGCUUCACGAAUGUCCCCUCCCAACACUCACGCCCGGCCUUUCCAGCCAGCGGGGAGCCCCCUUCCUUGCACCCGCGGGCGCCUGCCUUCUUCCUUCUCCAGUUGAGAGGCGCGGAAGCCCGGUGUGGAAGCCUGUUCCCUUGCCCUGUAGCGCGCCCACCGUGAAUGUAGUAGAGUCCGCUCUUGGCCUUCAAUCUCCAGAUUUUAUUUUUCCUCUCGUGACUGGAGUCAGCUGCUCCAGCGGCAGUGGAGUCCCGGAGUGGAAACAUCUGCUCCUGCCGCACAGCUUUGAGAGGGCAGAGAUUGCCAGAGAUGAUUGGGAGCUGGAGAAUACUUUGCUAAUGAAAAUAGUAAAUGUAUUUAUUGGAGGCCGGAGAGAUCGUACAGCAAGUAAGGUGCUGGCAUUGCACACAUCUGACUCAAACUUGAUCCCUGGCACCCCAUAUAGUCCCCUGAGCUCCGCCAGGAGUGAUCCCUGAGGGCAGAGUCAGGAGUAACCCCUGAGCACCACUGGGUGUGACCCAGACAUCUUCCCCCCUACACACACACACACACACACACACACACACACACACACACACACACACACAGUGAAUUGACAUUUGCAUCAUGGCAAAAUGGCUUAAGAAUUAAAGAGUCACCAUACUUAAUGGGUCUGUAAAUAAAAAUGAAAAAAGCCUUUAGUUUUGAUAAGCAUUCUCUAAGGAGGAUGCACAGAGAGUUUCUUACUAGGUCAAAAACAGUGGUAUGAUUUUAAUGGAAAUUAGCCACAUAGGCAUUUGAUUCCUCAUCCCUCAUGCGCUAGCCUUUCUUGAUGCCCGUUGAACGCUGGAAUUGUUUAUAGGCAAAAAUUUAAGAAGAAAUUUCAACUUGUUACUUAGAUUUGCCAUUCUAGUGGAUGGCUGCACACAUUUUAUCAGGGAGAAAUUUUUGGACAUAGAAUCUAGAAUUUAUUGCUAAUGGGAAAAGAUGAGAAAAUUCUUUUACAUUUAUAAAGUAUCUUUUUUUAUAGGAAUUGAUUUUUUAAUUAUUAUUUGUGCCAAAUAUUUUUGAAGUUUCUCGUACAUAAGCAGUUAGGUUUUGAAAUACAGAAUUUUUUUCAAAUACUGAAAUUAUUUCAAAAGAAUUAUACAAUUUUUAAGCUUCAAGGGAUGUUGGCACUUCACUCAUGCUCCUCAAAUUUACUAACCAGAAUAUUUUAAGAUGAACAUUUCUAUAAUUAUCCAACCCCACUGUGCUUUCAUGUUUUCCAUGGGUAUUUGGCUUUUAUCUUUUCCACUGACGAAAAUUUAAUGAAACAUUUCAUACCCUUGAAAUAUGAGCUACCUAAUAUAUAAGCGAGAAAAUGAAUAUGCAUUUGAAAGUUUUAAUUUUUAAAGUUUAUAAAGUUCUUUUAUCAUACACCCUUGUUAGUGCAUUUAAGAAAGAGAGAGUGUGAUGACCUUUGUUAGUGAAUUUUUUAAUUUUUUACAUGCAGCUGAGCAUACACCGCUCACAAGUAAAUGUUUAUUUGGCUUGUUGUGAAGUUAAUAUAUUUAAGAGAUACAUCCAGGAUCACUAGCAAGCCACCAUCCUUUCUGGAUUGGUUUAAAUUUAAGUGAAUGUUUAUAUUCCACUUUUGAUUGGCCAGGAUGAAAAGAUGCCAGAGCUCAUGAUCCCAGUAUCAGAGCAUGUGAAAGCUGUACAGAGCUGUGGUUCAGAGUUCAGAAACCUUAGUUUGCUGUAAAUCACGUGCCAGAAAGCCAGGAACCAAAAACUCACAGCCUAUCCUACCAAGAACUCGUUUAUGGAGACAUUGUCAAGUUGUUUAUCAAUUGCAAGAUAGGAAGUAUCCUUAUUUAAAAUGUAAACUACUGGUAUUAUUGUUCUAAUGUAUGAGUUAUAUUUUCAGGAUUAAACCCACACAGUCAUGAUAACUAGUGUUUUAAGUGAAAUUUAAACUAUCUUUGGAGAUACCACUUUCAUAUUUUCUGAUAUCAUGAAUUAAUAAGUACUGUAAUUUUGUUUUAAAGUUCAGUUAGCUUUGAUCUCAAAUCACCAGUGAAUGUUCUUUACACUAAUUGACAUAAAUAGGUCAGUAAUGUAAAUUAUUUUAAACGGUUACUCCAGUACUUUAUUUUAGCUCUUAAGAGUUUGGGCCAGAUUACUUGUAGUUCAGGGAAUGCUUGCUUUGUCUUCCUUGAAUGAUUCUCCGGAAGCCGUUAGCCAUGCCAAAGUUAGUAGGAAAAGAAGCUCAGUAUUAGUUGAGGAUCACUAUGGUGAAAACUACCAGUAAUCGACAUUGUUUCAUUCACAUUAAGUGGAAUAUAUUUUAGUUAGAGCCCAAAAUCACAGUUUUACCAUCGGCAUAUUUUGUACUAUCUUUAAACAGUAUCAUGCUGGUGCCAAGGUUUAAAAAUGUCUUACCACUCACCAUUUUGACCUGUGGCAGUUCAGAAAAGACAGAUUCCAUGCAUAAGCAAAAAGAAAUAAUUGAAAUGUUUUGGUCUGAUGUAUCUAUAUAUAUCUUUGACCGUUGGCUUGCGUUGCCUUGGGAGCGUGUCGGGCGCCAGGGACACCCCCAGGGGGUGCUGGCAGACGUCAGGCAGUACCAGGGAGGGACCCCGAGACCUCGAGUGCGCAGGACCUGUGCCCUGCCGCUGAGCCCUGUCCGGUUGCUUCAGAUCCUUCAGAAAAUUCCCUAAUCAACGUGGACAACGUUGUGUAAAACUUUGUCAUUCCAGAGGCCUUAUGCCUGUACUAGAAAAAGAACUGUGACUUGUGUUGGGGCCCCGUGACACAUGAAGAUGUCUCAAGUGAGAUUUUUAAGAAAAACCGAAGGAGAUCCACUAUUUAUUUCAGCAGUGUCCAUGACCUUUCCUAUCUUCACAGUAAACACUUCCUUUCAUUCCUGGUUCCUUUAGAAUCCGCAGCAUCUUUUGCUGAUGAAGUGGACUGGCUCGUACCUUUUAAAAUGUUUGAUUAUGUACCAGAAACAUGGUUGUUCCACAAUGCUUUCAGGAACGAAAAGGCCCGGUGGGUCAAAUUUGUGAAAUUAGACUGCUUUUGAUUCGAAGGAAACUUUUGCUAAUGUUUUCUCUCAGAAUGCACUGUCAUCUUGAAAGUCAAGGCCGAUUUUGGAAUGGACAGAAUCGGCAUUUUAAUUCAGGAAGCACUGAGGGUGUCUCCCAUGGCUCAAAGAUGAAUGUUGGCAGGAAUUAUUUUGUUACUGCUUUCCUUUGGGGAGGCGGGGGUGGGGGGAGAGAAAAUGUGUAUUUGAAUGGUUAAUGCCUACAUAAUGAACUACUAGGAAUGGCUUUCUAAAAUUUCUGUUCUGUAUAAAUGAACUCUUUAACAUGCAAGUACAAAAAAAUAUAUAUUAAAAGAAAAAACCCUCUGAAAUACAGAGCACUGUCCUUUGGCCGUGCCACCGUUCGCUCAGGACCGGCUCCGCAGCUGCCUCCUGCGUGGGUGCCCCCCAGGCCGCCGGCUGCACCCCACACAGGCCCUCCCGUCUCACUCCCUCGCGGAGCCCGACUUCCAAAGCGCUGUUGAACACUGAGGAAUCUAUUGUGGAUGUGGAUGUUCGAUGAGUUGUAUUUUAAAUAUCAAAGAUUAUUAAAUAAAGAUGAUGUUUGCUUUUCUA